AUGUGCCACGAGGAUGAACAAUUACUUCAGAACCGACUGAAUGAGAACAGAACCUUGUUUAUAGAACACUUCAUCACAGCUUAUUUACAAAUCCCAGUCAUCGAAAGCGUGCCGUUCUGGGUUCCAAGCUACAUUUCGGACGUCGUAGACAUCGAAGUUCAGCCCUCUCUAAAGAGCCUGGGUCCUAAAUUUUCUACACCAAAGCAACGGCGAUCAUUCGGAACCACUUUAGCUGAUAAACCAAAAUUAAAGUUUUCCGUCAAAUAUAAUUCCUCCAGAUCAACACUAGUUGUGGACUUGCUUGAGUCAAAGAACGUUGGAAGAGGAAACUUAGUUCACGACACUCCACCACGCCAAGACUCUCCAAACGAAAGCUCGUUUCUCUCGGGUUUAAACGUUUUUAGUCCAGUAGAACUUUCUCCGACCCCGACAAAACAAGAAUCUCGUGCAAUCAAAAGAGUCCGAAAGAACUCCUUCGAGUUUGAGAUGGACUAUGACGAGCUUCAACUUCAAAUGCUUCAGUUCAGUGUUAUGGCGUACGAUGAGUAUUCCAGGCAGAAGGUUUUGGGKGAUGUGGUUUUUUUUUUGGCCGAGUUCACAAAUCAAGGUCUGGACAUAACCAGGGAAUUAAUCAUGUGGCGAGAGGUUCAGACGAUGGAAAAGAGGUCUCGUGGGAAGCCUCAAGAUAACAGCAGCAUGAUCAGCCCAGGGAUUGAAACACCACCCGAUAGUAUGAAUGAUUCCAACAAAGCUGACUAG